UUCAAACACACAAAGGGACCGAAAUAUAACUGUAAGCCCAUCCGAACUGUGAACCGCAUUGAUUUGGUAACUGAACAUAAGACCAUACAACGAAAAGGAGGAUUUGAGUUUUGACAAACCAGAGACAUCAGGAUGGAGUGGCAGCCAGACGAGCAGAGUCUGCAGCAGGUCCUUCAGCUCCUGAAGGACUCCCAGUCGCCAGACACAGCCACACAAAGAGCUGUCCAGGAAAAACUGGAACAGCUCAACCAGUACCCAGAUUUCAACAAUUACCUCAUCUUUGUCCUUACCAGUCUCAAAUCAGAAGACGAGCCGACCCGUUCCCUGAGUGGUCUGAUUCUGAAGAACAACGUGAAGGCGCAUUACCAGAACUUUCCGCCGGCAGUGGCUGACUUCAUCAAGAGGGAGUGUCUGAACAACAUCGGAGAUCCCUCGCCUCUUAUCCGAGCCACUAUCGGUAUUCUGAUCACCACCAUAGCGUCUAAAGGGGAGCUCCAGACGUGGCCUGAGUUGCUCCCUCAGCUCUGUAACCUCCUCAACUCUGAGGAUUACAACACCUGUGAGGGUUCGUUCGGGGCACUGCAGAAGAUCUGUGAGGAUUCGUCUGAGCUGCUGGACAGCGAUGCCCUUAAUCGACCUCUAAACAUCAUGAUCCCCAAAUUCCUGCAGUUCUUCAAGCACUGCAGCCCCAAAAUCAGGUCUCAUGCCAUUGCCUGUGUGAAUCAGUUUAUCAUUGGGAGAGCUCAGGCCCUGAUGGACAACAUUGACACGUUUAUUGAGAGUCUGUUUGCGCUGGCGGGCGAUGAGGACUGUGAGGUGAGGAAGAACGUCUGUAGAGCCCUAGUGAUGUUGCUGGAGGUCCGCAUUGACCGCCUCAUUCCGCACAUGCACAGCAUCAUACAGUACAUGCUCCAGCGAACCCAGGACCCAGACGAGAACGUGGCUUUGGAGGCCUGUGAGUUCUGGCUCACGUUGGCGGAACAGCCCAUCUGUAAGGAGGCCCUGUCCGGACACCUGGUCCAACUCAUUCCUAUCCUGGUGAAUGGGAUGAAGUACUCUGAGAUUGACAUCAUUCUGCUGAAAGGGGACGUGGAGGAGGAUGACACCAUUCCCGACAGUGAACAGGACAUUAAGCCUCGUUUCCACAAAUCUCGCACCGUCACUCUGCAGCACGAGGGAGGGGAGGGGGAGGAGGGCGAGGACAUCGACGAAGACGAGGAUGAUGACGACGACACGCUGUCCGACUGGAACCUGCGCAAGUGUUCUGCGGCGGCCCUGGACGUCUUGGCCAACGUGUUUCGGGACGACUUGCUCCCUCACCUCCUGCCCCUGCUCAAGGGUUUACUCUUCCACCCUGACUGGGUUAUUAAAGAGUCAGGCAUACUGGUGCUGGGAGCCAUCGCUGAGGGUUGUAUGCAGGGUAUGGUUCCCUACCUGCCUGAGUUGAUUCCUCACCUGAUCCAGUGUCUGUGUGAUAAGAAGGCUCUGGUGCGGUCCAUCGCCUGUUGGACUCUGAGUCGUUACGCCCACUGGGUGGUUAGUCAGCCCCCAGACGCCCACCUUAAGCCGCUGAUGACCGAACUGCUCAAACGCAUCCUCGACGGAAACAAGAGGGUACAGGAGGCCGCCUGCAGUGCAUUUGCCACUCUGGAGGAGGAGGCCUGCACUGAGCUGGUUCCUUACCUGAGUUUUAUUUUGGACACACUGGUGUUUGCGUUUGGGAAGUACCAGCACAAGAACCUGCUGAUUCUCUACGACGCCAUCGGAACCCUGGCCGACUCCGUGGGCCACCACCUCAACCAGCCGGAGUACAUUCAGAAGCUGAUGCCCCCCCUGAUUCAGAAAUGGAACGAACUGAAGGACGAGGACAAAGACCUGUUCCCCCUGCUGGAGUGUCUGUCGUCGGUAGCGACGGCCCUGCAGAGCGGUUUCCUGCCGUACUGUGAACCUGUGUAUCAGCGCUGUGUCACCCUGGUGCAGAAAACUCUGGCCCAGGCCAUGAUGUACAGUCAGCAGCCGGAUCAGUACGAGGCUCCUGAUAAAGACUUCAUGAUCGUGGCUCUGGACCUGCUCAGUGGCCUGGCCGAGGGCCUGGGCGGCCACGUCGAUCAGCUCGUCGCCCGUAGCAACAUCAUGACUCUUCUCUUCCAGUGCAUGCAGGACACCAUGCCAGAGGUGAGACAGAGCUCCUUUGCUUUACUGGGGGAUCUGACGAAAGCCUGUUUCCCACACGUUAAACCCUGCAUUGCGGAGUUUAUGCCGAUCCUGGGGACUAAUCUGAACCCAGAGUUCAUCUCAGUGUGUAACAACGCCACCUGGGCCAUCGGAGAGAUCUGCAUGCAGAUGGGUGUGGAGAUGCAGCCAUAUGUGGCCUUGGUUCUGACCCACUUGGUGGAGAUCAUCAACAGACCCAACACUCCCAAAACCCUGCUGGAGAACACAGCCAUUACGAUUGGACGACUGGGCUACGUGUGCCCACAGGAGGUGGCUCCCAUGCUGCAGCAGUUCAUCCGUCCCUGGUGUACGUCAUUACGAAACAUCAGAGACAACGAAGAGAAAGACUCCGCCUUCCGGGGAAUCUGCGUUAUGAUUGGUGUUAACCCCGGGGGUGUGGUUCAGGAUUUCAUUUUCUUCUGUGACGCUGUGGCGUCCUGGGUCAACCCUAAAGACGACCUGAGAGACAUGUUCUACAAGAUCCUGCAUGGUUUUAAGGACCAGGUUGGAGAGGACAACUGGCAGCAGUUUUCGGAGCAGUUUCCCCCCAUCCUGAAGGAGCGUCUGUCCGCCUGCUACGGCGUCUAGCUCCGGGCCUCCAGCCUAUAACCGCACAGGAAGCUCCUGUCAGAUGAUCCUUUAGGAGGGUUACCGGGGGAAACUCAUCCAUCUGUGUAUUGCACUGCCCUGAUCAUGGGGGAGAGGGACGCGAUUGGCCGCUCCACCUGACGGACAGACCCCACACCC